GACAGCUAUUUCUAUGGUAAUUCCAACCAAUAAUUAGAUCUUAACUUUGAGCGAGUCAGGUUCGCAUGAGAGCAGAGCUAGAAUGCGUGAUAACAAGUAAAGAAACAGCAACUCUCUGGUCUGGGUCCUGUUUAGCAUGGUGUGCUACGUAGCGUGGUGUCCUAUGUACAUCGAUGUUGCGCGGGGAAAACUGGGACAGACGAAGAACGCCUGACGCAAAAAGUAAACAGGAGAAGCAAGAGGGCAGUGAGCUCUCGUUAGCUGUAGUUUGGAUUCUUCUCGAUCCUUUUGUAGAUUAUGGACGUCAAAACUGCAAGGGAACGUGAUGACGAAGGAAAUAACGGAGAUUCACCGUCAAAAUCCAACACGGGAAAGUUUAAGAAGAGACUUCUUUCGGCAGGUGUGACCAUUCCGCCAUCUGGUUUUUUUGGACGCGUGUUAACUCGAGGACUGAUUGUUGUUUUAAUAUGGGCUGUGUUAUGGUCUAUCAUCGGUACAGAUGCUUUACCGGGUGGAAACAUUUUUGGCAUAUUCAUAGUCAUCGUUUCUGCAAGCCUUUGUGGUUUUCUUGUGUGUAGAAUACCAUAUCUUCAUCUCCCACCACUUCUAGGGAUGCUUCUAGCGGGAUUUCUCCUUCGAAAUGUUCGCGGUAUUGAUUUGGCUCGUCACAUCGAUAAACGGUGGUCUUCAACGCUGCGAAGUAUGUCUUUAGUCGUCAUACUUAUUCGUUCAGGACUCGGGUUAAACACAUCAGCGCUCAGAAAACUGAAACUUACUCUAGCUAGAUUGGCUUUUCUGCCUUGCAUAUUAGAGGCAGUUACAGCUGCGAUUCUAGUGCAUCUUCUCUUGGACAUGAAGUGGCUUUGGGCCUUUCAACUUGGGUUUGUCCAAGCAGCUGUUUCUCUUGCUGUAGUAAUACCUUGUUUGUUGGAGCUACAAGAGCAACAUUAUGGAGUGAAGAAAGGCAUACCUACCUUGGUUAUGGCGGCAGCGUCCUUUGAUAAUGUUCUCUGUAUAAGUGCAUUUGGAGUUUGCCUUGGAAUAGCCUUUGAUUCAGGAUCUGCAUUGAAGGAUCUGAUAUUCAGUAUAUUUCGUGGGCCAAUAGAGCUGGCACUGGGAAUAACCCUUGGAAGUCUUGCUGGUGCAGUGUGUUGGUUCUUUCCCAAUAAGAGUGAGACCAAUGUGGCUCACAACAGACUAGUGAUAUUACUCUCAUUGGCAUUACUCUCUGUGUUUGGCAGUAACGUGGCCAAAUUUUCUGGUGCAGGAGCUCUUGGUGUAUUAACCAUGUCAACUGUAGCUGCAUAUGGAUGGACACAGCAAGGAAAGGCUCCUGUAGCCAUGGUAAUGUCUCUUGUGUGGCAAGUGUUUGAGCCUCUCUUAUUUGGUCUUGUUGGAGCUGAAGUCAGCGUUGAAUACAUGAACACCAAAGUUGUUGGUAUGGGUAUUGUAAGUUUGGUUGUAAGUCUGGUCAUACGGCUCAUCACUACUUAUCUUGGUUUGCUUGGAAACGACCUGAACUUGAAAGAGAGACUGUUUAUUGCAAUAGCAUGGCUACCGAAAGCCACGGUGCAGGCUGCCAUUGGUUCUGUGUCGUUAGAUAUGGCACGGCAGAAAGGCUUAACGGGACAGAUUGAGGAAGAGUUUGGAAUUCAGAUUCUGACCAUUGCUGUGCUGGGAAUUCUUAUCACUUCGCCCAUUGGAGCCAUAGGAAUCGUUUUGGCUGGACCAAGAAUGUUAGAACGCAGUCCUCCUCCAGUAGUAGAAAUAGAUGGCAUUCUCAAGGACUCUGCAGAAUCUUCUCAAAAACCAGAGAGUCCAUUGUUAGAAAGUACAGUCUGAGACUGGUAAUUUAUUUGAUGACUCAAAUAUAUGAAUGUGUAAGAAGUAUAUUCGCGACUCUACGCUAUUGGUUAUGUAUAAUGACUUAUAAAAAGUAACAAAAAAAUAUCGAUUUUUUUUUUUCUUUCAUCCCAGAUAUAUUUAAUACACGGUAUUGCUGAUUUACUUCACACGGUUGAAGACUUGUGAAGAAAUAAAGUCUCAUCUUCGUUUACUAAGAAAAACAAACUAUUCAAAUGUAUGCGAUUAUUUUGCAUUUGUCGUAUUCCAUUUAACAUGUAAAAAAUGUUCCCCUUCUAAAGAAGGAAUUAUCUUCUACUAUAGCUAUUAGCUUUUCGCGUCAUAUUACUAUGACUCUAAACGU